AUGGAGAUCCCCCAGGAACCAGGACCCUGCGCGUCCUUUUCGCAGCCAUCAUCCUCAACUUUCAAGAGGCCGAGAUCAAGUAGCGAGAAUAGCACAGACACUCUACAGCCUGAUGCCUACACCAUCGGGUGGAUCUCUGCCCUUCCGAUUGAGAUGACAGCUGCAGAGGUCAUGUUGGACCGCGUCCACGAUGCUCCACCUCAUCAGGUUCAUGACAGCAAUUGCUAUAUUUUUGGCUCCAUCGGCUUGCACAAUAUCGUUAUUGCUUGUCUUCCCAGUGGCCACUAUGGCACCAACAAUGCGGCCGCCGUCGCAAGUCAUAUGUCGCAGAGCUUUCCCAACAUCCAGCAUCGCCUGAUGGUUGGUAUCGGUGGUGGAGAUCCUGGCUUGGCCGAUGUACGCCUUGGCGAUAUCGUCGUUAGUAACGACGUGAUCCAAUAUGAUCUAGGCAAAGCAACGCCAGACAACAAAUUCGAACGCACUGCAUAUCCUGUUCGACCCCCUCAAUCGUUAUUGACUGCUGUUGCCAGAGUCCGAGCAAGCCAUGGCGGGGAAUCUGUUCAACUGUCCGAAAUACUGCAGCAUGGCAUCUCGCGCUUGCCAGCAUUUUCCCGACCAACGCUUCCAGAUCGCCUCUUCCUCAGCACUUAUGAUCACCUUUCAUCCGCAAAGAGCUGUGACAGUUGCGAUCAGCAACAGCUUGUGCCCCGAGACCCUCGUCAGACCUUCGAUCCGGUAAUCCACUACGGUCGGAUUGCAUCUGGCAAUCAGGUCAUCAAAGACGGAUUCACCCGCGACAAACUUUCUCAAGAACUUGGUAGUGUAUGCUUUGAGAUGGAAACAGCCGGGCUCAUGCAUAACUUCCCUUGUCUUGUCGUUCGCGGCAUAUGUGACUACUCAGACUCCCACAAGAAUAAGAACUGGCAGGAGUAUGCAGCACUGGUCGCUGCAGCAUAUGCCAAAGAACUUCUCUUGACUAUCCCCUGUCACUCCACACCGCGAUACAAGAGAAGCAAACCCAGCCAGUCCAAAGCAGCUGAGCCAAUUGACCCUGAUACAGUCAAAUGUCUUCAGGAAUUGUUCGUUACUGAUCCGACUCAAGAUCGCGAAGACAUUCUUGAUGCGAAAGGAGAGAUAUGCCAAGGAACCUGCGAAUGGAUUCUAUCUACACAGGAAUUCCAAACGUGGGACGAAAACUCUCCACAUCUCCUCUGGAUAUCUGCACCACCCGGCAUGGGGAAAACAUUUUUAUCCAUCUUCCUCUCAAAACACUUCGAGAGCAUGUGCAAGGAACAGACCAAUAGAGCUGCCCUGUUUUUCUUCUGUGACAACAAGGUCGCGAACCGCAACACAGCUGUUAACAUCCUUCGUGGGCUCUUGACUCAAUUGGUCUCUCAUCAGAAAGAUCUCACAUAUUUGGUCCUGAAGGAAUGGAGACAAAAGUCUUCACAGUUGUUUCAAGACAGCUCUUUCAACACUUUAUGGAGAGUGUUCCAAGAUAUGGUCAAAGCAUCUAAUUUCCACGUCAUCUACUGCAUCAUUGACGCUCUCGAUGAAUGCGAGGAUAAUUCUCUGACUAUCCUCCUCAAAAAGUUCAAGAAACUUAGCCAGAGCUCAACAACAUCUUCUACGAAGCUGAAGUUGAUCUGUCUUAGCAGGAGAUUCCCAGAACGGAUACCCGAAUCUCUCGAUUCUUUCACCAAGGUGGAGCUUGAUAUGAUGACCGCAGGCAAGGAAGAUGUCAGACGCUUCAUUUCUGAGCGGAUUUCUGAUCUCUCUAGAACGAAGAAGCUCACCUCCAAAAUGAGAAAGCGGGUCGAGAAAGUAUUCCAGGAGAAGUCCGAGGGGACAUUUCUCUGGGUUAGUUUCAUGGCGCAAGAUCUCGAGGAGAAGCCCUUACUGGACAUUAUACCCACGCUUGAAAGACUUCCUUCUGGACUUGAUGCAGUCUAUGAGAGGAUUCUUACCCAAAUUGAUUUCAACAAAUGGGAGAUCAUCCAGAAAAUGCUCGAUUGGAGUCUGAUUGCCACACGCCCACUUAGAAUACCAGAGCUUUGCGAAGCAGCCGGAGUAAAGGCCAUAGACUCCAUGUGCCGCGAAUCUGUCUGCGAAGAGUUAAUCAAAGCUUGCGGUCAUUUACUUCUUGUCGAAUACCACGUCCAAGAGACGAAUUACCACAUAGGAUGGAUAAUUGAGAACAUACGAGAAGGGCGAAACAAGCAUGCUGGACCUGAGACUGAGCCAGAAAUUCAGCUGAUGUCUGAUCAAGGAACUGUUUUUUGGUCGACUCAGGUGACAUUUCUUCAUCAAAGUGCCAAAGAUUACUAUAUCACCAUGAAGCGAAAUGGUGGCCCAAAAAGGUCUGGAGACCUAUUGCAGAGCCUUCACGAAUCUGCGGCGAGCCAAUUAAUCGGUUGUUUGUCUCAUAUCAUUAGCCUCAGGCCUAACCCAAUGACGAUAACAGAGAAGAACAAGCUGUUUUCAUAUCUCCCUCUGGCAUUGUACGCCUCGAGAGACUGGUACAUGCAUUUUCGGCAACUAGAGGAGCUUACUAGAGUCAUGAAAGAAAACGAAGACUUUUUUAGUUAUAAGUCCAAAACAAGAUCAGGAUGGAUAGUUUUAUCCGAGUUGUCUGCGGCUUACAACCCUACGAACUCUGGAGUUCCUCUUCUGCACAUGUCCUGCCUCUUGAAUCUGGAUAACCUUGUCAUAUGGUGUCUAACAAGAGAGGAGACAUUCAAUCUCAAUGAAAAAUGGGGCCUUUUUAAAGAGACACCACUUCAUCUGGCUUGCUCUGGGGGGCAUGAAGUAAUCGUUAACAUGCUUCUGGAUGCUGGUGCUAACGCAUUCGCGACUGACGGCCAAGGUCGGAGUGCUAUCUACCAGGCCAUAGAAUCAUGCGAUCAGAAUACUCUACGAAAGAUGGCUCAACAAGAAUCAUGCAAGGACUGGCUAGAACAAGAAGCCAGCGAUCCUCAUAGUGUAUUGCUGUUGAAUGCCGCCUUUCACUGCAAUGAAGGCGGGUGCCGCUUUCUAGUCGAAGAACACGCCUUUGAUGUUAAUAUCACGGAUAAAUAUGGCUUUCCUCCAGUAAUGCAUGCGCUGGGAAAAUGGCAUCUUGAUCUCGUCCGUACAUUUGUCCAGGAGUGGAAGGCGCACUUCGAUCAUUGGACAGCUCUAAUCAUUUGUUCCCAAGAAUCAUGUGAAGAGCAACUUGUUGACGAUGAGGAAGGAGAUUAUGUUCUCAGGAUGCGGAUGAUGAUUGAUCUGCUCGAGAACUAUCAGACAGCCACUACACGGAUUAGGAAAUAA